GUCUACGGUGCGAUUAACAGUAUUUGAGAAUUGACAGUGAUUGACAGAAAACGUCAGUCAUGGCAUAUCCGGCGGCAAUGUAUGGUAAAGCCUAUCCUCAAACACAAGUUAAUCCAGAAGUGCAACAAUGGUUUGCUGCUGUUGAUAGAGAUGGCAGUGGAAGAAUUAGCGCAUCAGAGUUAAAAUGUGCACUGGCAAAUGGGCAAGGUGGCACAUUUUCAGAUACUGCUUGUAAAUUAAUGAUAGGUAUGUUUGACAAAGAAAAAAGUGGCACAAUAGACUUGAAUGAAUUUCAAGCACUCUACAAUUAUAUUAAUGCAUGGCUGGGUGUUUUUCGUGGUUUUGAUCAUGACAAUUCAGGAAGUAUACAAGAAAACGAAUUGAGUGCAGCUUUAACGCAAAUGGGAUAUAGACUCAGCCCAGAAUUUAUUUCAUUUCUCAUAAAAAAGAGUGAUCCAGCUGGUCAUUCUUCUAUCACUGUGGAUCAGUUUAUUGUAUUGUGUGUUCAGAUUCAAAGGUUUACAGAUGCCUUUCGAAUAAGAGACACAGACCAGGUUGGAACAGUUAGUAUUGGAUUUGAAGAAUUCCUGGGUGUAGCACUUGAAUGUAGUGUAUAAUAAUUGCUUUUUUUUAACUAUAAUUAAUUUUUAAUAGAUUUAACCU